ACUAUCUUGGGAGGCAGGCCAAAUGUCAAAUGUUAAAGUCAUUUAAUAUUCAUCUGACAGACAUGAUUUUAAAAAGAAAUAAGCUAACGAUAGAGUUGCGUGAAGGACUAACAUUUAAUUUGCAGCUGAGCCUACAACUAUGUAUCUUGAAUAUACACCUGUGCAACAUUCGUUAUAUUUGCAAUUGCAUUUAACACUGCACUGAUUACAUUAAUUAUUGAUUAACGGGGGACAUUUUUGAUAGGGUGAAUUGAAGUCAAUCCGGGGCGUCGAAAGACAGCCGCGAAGAAAAAACACGGAACAAAAUGGAGAAUUUGGCUAUGAGCCAGCGAUACCUUAGGCAGCCAUUAAACAAUGCAAGUAAAAUUAAUUUUAUCCGAUUCGAUCGGCGUGAUUUAUAACGUUUCACUCCAUUAAUGAGCUGACACACACACGGCUAUGUGUUCGACUCGCUCUUAAUGCAUUCGCUUCUCACUAAACCAGCCCCUUUCCCCGAGAUGGCAAAGAAACAACUGACCGAAGAUUAAUUCAGUGGCCUGGCUGAUGCAUUGGACCUGUACGUUUUGUACUUUUUCCUCAGCAAAUCAGCGGAAAGUAAUAAGGCAUUACAAAGUUAAGCAUGGAUUCAAUGGAACUACUUGCCCCUUUCCCUGCAUAUACAAAGACUGUCCUUGCACCCUCAAGACCCAAGUAGCUUUAAAAAAACGUUUGGUUGCCCAGCAUGCUCGACAAAUUGACUCUGAACCUGUAAAUGCACAACUGUUAUGUGAACUGUGUGAUUUCUGUGAACCUUUCAACCUUACAAAAUACUUCGUUCAUUUAGGAAAGCAUGCUAAGAGUAAGGAAACAGUGAAUUGUCCUUUUAAACAGUGCUCUUUCAAAUCAAAUGUAUACAACACCUUUAAGGUUCACAAGAGCAGGUAUCACCAUGCACCUAGUGUAGAUGAUGUAAGACCUGAUAUUAUUACUUUUGGAAGUGAGGCCCAUGCUGUAGUUACUGACCAUGCACAUUUAGAGGAUGAUAUUGAGUUGGGCUUAGACUCUGAUGAUGGUGGUGAUGAGUAUGAUGAAGAGGACAUUGACGAAACUAUUAAGUAUAGUCUCACCUCUUUAUUCACACAAAUGCAGACAGUUUUGCAUGUUUCUAAAUCUGCAAUACAAGAUAUAGUUGAUGAACUUUAUCAAAUAAGCAUUUUGGCACAAAGCUUUACUAUAAGGUCAAUCAGACCCAUAUUAGAGCACCAUAACUGCAACUGUGAUGCCCCUCUUCUUGCUCAGGUGUCUGAUAUUGUUCAGAAAUCAAACCCCUUCAAAUUCUUGUCUAGAGAAAAUGAACUUGGCACUACUUACAAAAGAGCUAGAUUCUACAAAGAAAAUUUCACCAUAAUUGAGCCAGUUGAGUACGUACUAGAUGCUGCUCGACAGAGAACCUUUGUGUAUGUUCCAAUUUUACGUGUUCUUUCAGAUUUACUCAACCGAAAUGAUGUACUUGAUAAAGUUCUACAACAUCAUAGCUCAGGUUCACAUACAAGCCAGUAUGGAUCAUUUUAUGACAGUUUGAAUCGAAAAGAGAAUGCAUUGCUAUCUGGUGAGGAAUUUCACAUUGCUCUUGGGUUGUUCAUUGAUGAUUUCGAGGUUUGUAACCCCUUAGGUACCGCCAAAAGUGACUACAAGGUUUGUGGUGUGUAUUGGGUGCUUAUUAAUCUACCUUUUCAGUAUAGGUCCUCUCUUUCAUCUAUCUAUCUUGCAACCUUGUGUCGUAGGAAAGAAAGACAUCAGUACUUUUGGAAAUGAGAGGAUUCUUGAGCCUCUGAUCAAAGACAUUGCGCUUCUUGAAAAUGAUGGACUUUUUGUUCGAAGACUAGGAGCGAGUGUAACUGGCACAAUUGUGUAUGUUUCCGCUGACAAUCUUGGUGCUCAUUCACUAGCUGGCUUCCGGGAAUCUUUCAGUGGAGGCAAGUUCUGCAGGUUUUGCUUAGCUGAUCGUAAUGAUAUACAAGGUUGUCAAGUUAAAAGUGGAAAGUUUACCCUCAGAACUCAAGAGUCCAUUGAUGAAUGUGUGUCUGAACUGCAACAGAAUGAACAUUUGAAAAGUGUUGAUGGUGUAAAGCGAGCUUGUCCAUUGGAUAGAUUAUGUUAUUUUCAAACUGCAAAAGGAUUCCCUCCAGAUAUCUUGCAUGACUUGUUUGAGGGGGUAGUCCGAGAGGAGCUAGCUGUUUGUAUAAAUGAUUUCAUUUCAUGUAAGUUUUUCACACUGGAAGAAUUGAAUAACGCAAUUCGGACAUUUCCUUACAGAUUUGUUGACAAACUUAACAGACCUCAUAAAAUAACCAAGAGUUCUCUUGUCAAAGGGACUAUUGGUGGCAACGGCCAUGAGAACUGGACUCUGCUUCGGUUGCUACCACUCAUAAUCGGCCAUUUAGUCCCUGAACAUAACAAAGCAUGGGGCAUUCUCUUGGAAUUGAAAGACAUUGUCGAGAUCUUGUGUAGCCCCAAAUUUACAGAAGAAUCAUUGUGCUAUUUGGAGUCCAAAAUAUCAGACCAUAGGAGCUUACUCUUGGAGGUUUUUCCUGGCUACAGGUUGAAACCGAAACACCAUUUCAUAGAACAUUAUGCACACCUUGUGAGAUGCUUCGGCCCUUUAGUUGACUUUUGGACUAUCCGGUUUGAAGCAAAACAUAGUUACUUCAAGAAGGUUGUGCGAGAUGUGAACAAUUUCAAGAACAUUCUGCUCACUCUAUCCACACACCAUCAGCUUCUUCUUGCCUACCAUCUUAGAAUGCCAAGUGUUUUCAAACCUGACUUGGAGGUGGUGAAUGUUACAAAUAUUUCACCAGAACUUUUGGAGUUUUCUGUGAAGACCGCCAUUCAACAGAAAUACAGCGGAGUGAAGUCUGUUGGUCUUACUUCAAGUGUGACUUUACAUGGCACUACAUAUUCUGAGGGCAUGGUUGUAUCUGUUGGACAUACAUGUGGGCUGCCUGACUUUGCUAAAAUAGUCAAAAUACUGGUUGUGUCACAGAAAGUGUCAUUCAUUGUCGAACGUUUCACAGCCUGGUAUAUUGACCACCUCAGAUGCUAUGAACUGUGCAGGAAUGAGACCUCGGACAUCUCCAUUGUAGACCCUCAGGAUCUCCAUGAUUACACUCCGCUGUCAUUAUACACCAUCCAAGGACAUUACAUUUCUGCAAAAGCUUUUCUACUUAAGUAAGGUAAGUAUUAAUUUGUUAAGUCUCCUUUAUUGAUAAAUAUUCAGAGCAGUGAACUUGUCGGGAUUCACACACAAUGCGUUGUCUGUCUUCCAUUUGUAUUAUUUAUUCUUUGGUUCUUGUGGGUGUUACACUGAUUAACAAUAUCAGUCAUAGUUUUGCCUUUUGAUGCAUAUUGAACAUCAUUCAUGCAUGCUUAGUUUUAUCUUGAAACCUGUGUGUUUUGUUUCUCUGUGUCAUGACUCUAGGAACUAUGCUAUUUCGUGUAAUCCUUGCACCAGAUGACAUCAGAAGACUUCGAAUUGAAAGUGUUCCGGAAACACUUGAUGCAUUCAUCAACAUAUUGAAGAGGGAACUAAGUUUGGAUGCAACGCUGAUUGUGCAGUUUGAAGACCCAAAUUUCGGAAAUGAGUUGUGCAAUUUGACCAGCAUGUCCGACCUGCCAGAGGAGAGAGCUACUUUGAGGGUUUUCCAGAAGCAUGUCCCAGAGCCGUCAAAUGCACAAGAGACCUCGAAUGAUGACCAGCUCUCUGAUUCCACACUGGACACUGCUAGUUUGCAAUCAACCUCGUCUGGAGAUUCAACUCCCAGACGUAGUGGAUUUUUACCAGAUCCCUUUGUCAUCCCAAAGUUCCCCACUGACAUAGAGUUGAAACUCAAGCGUGGCAAUGAUGGAUAUUUCAGAGAUGGCUCUCUCUUAGAAGUGCCUAAAUCUAUGUCUAGUGACAUUCUUGAUGGCUUGGCAGAGGCAAUAUUUGCCAUAAAGACCCACCCAACCAAUGGAGAGUGUGCCAUUGUUGCGAAAGCAUUGGUGGACAAAUUUCCAUGCUUGAAAGAGGCUGGCUCAACAUGUGGGUGGUAUGCUUGGAAAUACAGUAUAUACUAUAAAAUGGGGAAUUUCAGACAGCAAUUGCGUAUUGCUGGGUCUGUGGAGCUUUCUGUACAUAAAAGGUCAGCAUCGGGGGAUACUAGAAGACCAAAGAAGGCUAUGAGGUCGGAGGUGAAUUUUCUGCCUGAACCCCCUCAGAAUAGAAGCCUGGAAAUGCUUGAACAAGACAGACGCAAUUUAGAGAGUGAAAUGAUGAAAAGGAAUGUGGACUGGAAGAAAGUUGAUGCCCUUAUGGACAGCACCUUUUCUCUGAGGAGAAAGGAAAUCAUUGGGGAGGAGCCAUUGGUCAAGGAUCUCAAAGCCAGGUGGUCAGCUUUGUUCACAGAGCGACAGAUUGAAGCAGAAUUCAGGCGGAUUGUCUCAUCGAACCUGAAGCAACCGUUUUUUGACCGCCUAGAUGAGUUUGUCCCUAGGUUUCUGCGUCUGUACAGACAGAGACUGCAGAGUGUCAAGGAACUUAAGCCUUUUGUUGAGUCUCUAGAUGAUGAUAAGAGAGCAGUUGUUCUCCUUGGCCUGUCCCAUUUCCUGAAAGACGAUCCCUCCCAUUUCUUCAAGAUGUGUAAGCCAACCGAAGAGAGUGAGGCAGUGAAAGGAAUGGACGUCGGAAUCUUGGUGGUUACAGAGGAGGAUCCUCAACGCCCUGUCCCCAAGGAGAUGAUUGAUAUUGCACUGAUUCUGGAGGUGUAUGUCGUUCUUCGGGACCUGAGGGAUGUGCCCAACGCAUUCGCCCUGCUGAUGGGUCUGCUCUAUGUCUUCAACAUCCAUUACCCAAAAGGGCUCAAGUACAUGUUUGAGGUAAUACAAAAGGUGAUAAUGAACAUUGGUGGAGACACUUGCUCUUCAAGAGUUAAUGGACUCUGGAACAAGCUCAUGCCCAUGAGCCUGUGAAACUAAAAAUCUUGUCUUGUUGAUUUGUAUGUUCUGGAAAGCACACAGUUAUGUUAUAUCUCUAAAAAAAAAACAGUUUUAUUGGCUAUACUUUGGAGUUGCUACUCCGGUCUUUUAAGUUUGCUAAAGCUUUUAUUUACUCACUCAAAUAGCCUCUCAUUUAGAUCAUGUUGCUUUGUCAAACCUUGCAUGUUCUGGUAAGCACACUGUUUUACAAAUAUUAGCUGUCAAUGCUAAGGUGGACUAGAAGUCCUGAGAGUUGUUUUGUUUAGUAUCUCAAUCAUAUAUCUUCUGCUAUUUUGCCACCGUCUUGCACACUCGGGCAUUCAUUAUCUCUCACACACUGUGACUGUGUGUGUCUCUCUCUCACACACACACACACACUCACACAUACUCAGACGCUCUCUCACAUAGACAUACACCCCCCCUUCUCUCUCACACACACACUCACUCACACACAGAUGCUCUUACAGACAUACACCCCCC